UAUUAUGGCUACGUACUACUGUUGCUACACAAUAUUUUAGACGAAACACAAAGAAUCCCAUGGCCGUCCCCUACCCAUUAAAGUUUAGAUCUCAUUUUCUAUCUCCAUAUUUCUUCCUUUCGCUUCUUCUUUCCUUAACCCCCACACACAUUUCACUUCCAAUUAUUGAAUUUCACAACGUUCUCUUUCAAGUCUUUUAACCAGUCGAGACGAUUUCGAAGAGUAUUUGUUGCUAAAAUAGAAGAAGUUUUCUGAAAAUUCGCUUGAGAUAUAAAAUUUUUGAGUAUUUAGAAAUGAACAGAUACAAAAAUUUAAUUUUGAUAUCGUCUCCAUUUUUCUUCCUUUACUUCUUCUUUCUUUAACCUACACGCGAGGUAGAACUUUCAUUACACACUGGUGGAUCUAUUUUUGUUCAUUCCCACCCAUUUCACUUCCAAUAAUCGAAUUGCACAACAUUCUCUUUAGAGCCUUUCAAUCAAUUGAUACGAUUUCGGAGUCAUUUUUGUUAUAAUUCAAGCAGUUUUCUAGAAACUCACCUUCAAAUAUAAAAGUUUUAGUAUGCGGAGAUGAACAUAUAAAAAAAACUAAAUAUUUUUUUCAUUUUUAGUUUGAUUGUUCUGUUUUGACUUUGGCAUGAGAUUUAACAAAAAAUAGCUACGAGCUCAAUCUUAUUUGCAUUGCUUGGAUUUGAAUGGACGGUUUUGUUUUUUCGAUCCGCGGGAAGAUAUAGUUUGUGGUUUUGAAUCAUUUAUUUUCAUUUUCACUUCCAAUCAUAUAAUUUCUCUCAUCGAAACAGAAAUGACAACUCUUCAAAAGUUCAAGCUAUUAGCUACACAAUGUGCAGUAGCAGGAAGUCCAACUCGAAGCCCAACAACAAGUCCGGUCAUUCACCUCCGCCGCCGGAAAACUCUUCGCAUGCUCCUCAACCGCGGCAGCAGCGGCCGAAGUGAUCAUCCGCCGUCGAUCGGCGAUGAUACUUCGCCGGAUCGAAUCUCCAGCGACGGAGAUUCGCCGGAGAAAGUUAAGGAACUGGUCCGAAGUCAUAAGCUCAAGGAUUUGUUGGUUUCAGAGAAAGAAUUUUCGCCGGAAAAUGAUGGUGCCGACGGUGGAUCGGAAGUAAGGGGAAUUGCCCGAGUCCGGUCAAUGCGGCCGUUGUCGGCGACAUUCCGGCGACGGCUGUUAAAGAGAGUUUGGCGACCAAUGCUUGUGAGUAUACCUGAAUAAUUAAAUUGUAAUGUACUAUUGUAUUUGUGCUAAUAGUGGUUGUAAUUAGAAAAUAAUAAUGAAAGUUUUGAAUUGAUUUAAUUUUAAAUAUUCCAUUUUGGCUUAA